UCGCAUGAUAUUUGAUGAAGACAGGGAGACAAAUUGCUCUUGCCGCGGAGAGUUACACAGCCGUGGAAGAGCACAGGGGCGAUGAACGGGCCGGAGGCGGUGGUGGAGGUGCCUCCGAACAGUGAUGCGGACGUCCAUGCCCGGAAUGCUCAGGAGACGACGCCUCUGGAUUCUGCGCUGGAUUGAGAGGAGUUGGCCAUGGGGCGGGUCGUUUCUAACGGCAAUGUGCGGGUGGGAUUUGGUACAGGUUAUAGCCAUAAAUUUUGACUCCGUUCGAGCAGAUAGAGGGAUUUCAAUGGGCAUACGCACCUUGUCUUUGACGACAGUUCACCAACCGUGGUCCACCAAUGGCAUACCGCCAACCCCGGGGUGCGCCUACUCGGGACCGGAAACGACCCAAGUCUCUCCCGGAUACGACACACACCUGCCGAGACCACAAAGGGAGACGGUAUGUCACCUGACUCAGCGGGGAGUGAACGUUCUAGGGCUCUUGGCCCGCGCUUGGGGGUGCUGUGAUUCCUGAAUUUGGGCUCGCUUUUAACGGAUGGGAGGGCAGACUCCUGGUCCAGUCUCGAGCCAGUGUUCCAUGGCAUGCCCGCCCGGGGAGAAGGGUGGUUAGCGAACCCGCAGUGCAUUGGUGUUUGUUCCUGACGGAGGGACGAGUUUAUGCUGGGGUAUAUAUGCUGGGACUGGACGUCGGCUUUGGAACU